UUGCCCCACCAAUUGAUUUUCUUUUUAUCCUCAAAAAAUUUUCAUUAUUGAUUUAUUUUCAGUUUUUCUCAUUCAAUUCCCCAAAUUUUUGAUCUUUAUCACACUCUAAAAUGUCAGUAAUUUCAGCUACAACAUUAGGAUCAAUUUCCAUCCCAAGAGGAUCAAAGAUCAAGGGUUCUAUGAUCCAACCAAGGAUGACCGUCCGAUCUGGCAGUGGAACAAUUUCUCCUGUCACUCAAAUCUUGACCAAGUUACAAAAAGAGUGUGCUACACCUCUUCCAGUUUUGCGCUACGUGGCGGAUUCCAUGGGUAAUGAUAUGAGAGCUGGGCUUGCUGUUGAUGGGGGUAGUGAUCUUAAGAUGAUCCUUAGCUAUGUUGAUACUCUCCCAACUGGCAAUGAGAAGGGAUUGUUCUAUGCAUUGGAUCUUGGUGGAACUAAUUUCCGCGUGUUGAGAGUACAAUUAGGCGGAAAGGAUCAGCGUGUGAUUGCUGUCGAAGCUGAACAAGUCUCUAUUCCACAGGAGUUAAUGUUCGGUACCUCUGAGGAGCUCUUCGAUUUCAUUGCUUCCGGUUUGGCCAAAUUUGCUGAGAAGGAGAGUGGUGUAUUUCAACUCACGCAAGGAAGAACCCGAGAACUGGGAUUCACAUUUUCAUUUCCAGUGAAACAAACAUCGAUAGAUUCGGGGAUACUAAUGAAGUGGACAAAAGGUUUUGCAGUUUCUGGAACGGCAGGACGAGAUGUAGUAGCUUGUUUGAAUGAAGCUAUGCAGAGGCAAGGCCUACAAAUGCAAGUCUCGGCUCUGGUUAACGAUGCAGUAGGAACUUUAGCGGGUGCGAAAUACUGGGAUAACGAUGUAAUGGUCGCUGUGAUAUUGGGAACCGGAACAAAUGCCUGCUAUGUGGAGAGAACAGACGCAAUUCCUAAACUGCCCGGCAAGAAGUUGUCGCAUUCAGGAACAACAAUAAUUAAUACUGAAUGGGGAGCUUUCUCGACUGGAAUUCCGUUGACUGACUUUGAUCGGGAAUUGGAUGCCAAAAGCAUUAACCCUGGUGAACAGAUAUUCGAGAAAACAAUAUCAGGUAUGUACCUUGGUGAGAUUGUGAGGAGGGUGCUAUUGAAGAUGGCCGAAGCCGGUUCUUUGUUUGGCAGUAGCAUCCCCGAAAAGUUGCAAACUCCUUUCUCACUCAGAACUCCACAUAUAAGUGCUAUGCAGCAAGAUAAGUCAAGCACUUUAGAUGCUGUCGGAUCCAUUUUAUAUAACGAAGCAGGAGUUCAAACGAAUAAAGCGACACGAGAGAUAGUCAUAGAGGUUUGUGAUACAAUAGCAAAACGUGGUGGCCGUUUAGCAGGUUCAGGAAUUGUGGGGAUAUUGCGAAAGAUGGAAGAAGAUAACAAAGGUCUCAUAUUCGGGAAGCGAACUGUAGUAGCAAUGGAUGGGGGUUUGUAUGAGAACUAUCCUCAGUACAGAAACUAUCUCCAGGGUGCAGUUACCGAGCUUUUAGGGCAAGAAUUGUCGAAACAAAUAGUCAUUGAACAUUCGAAAGAUGGUUCUGGUAUCGGUGCAGCUCUCUUAGCUGCGACAAACUCUAAAUAUAAACUCGAAUUCUAGUUUGAAUUUUUCGACUUCAUCAAUGAGAUUGUUAGCUGUUUUCCUUGGGCUCUUUUAUCUAUAGCAUUCAAUAUUCAUUUGUAGAGAUGGUGACAAAUUGUAUUAUUGAGCUACUUCAUGUAGUCGUAAAUAGGUAAUAA